AUGAAUGCAUCUUUAUUAUCUGAUUCUGAUCCUGAAAAUAUUGAAUUGUUGGAUAUGCUUGUUACAGCCAGAGGAAAGCAUGAAAUAGCUUCUCAACAAUAUAAUACUUUGAUGCAAGCUAAAUCAAGAGUUAAAUGGGUAAAGGGUGGAGGUGCAAAUACUGUUUUUUUCCAUGCAAAUAUGAGAGUAAGACAAGCUCAAAAUGUAGUUUCUGAGAUAGAAGAUAAUGAUGUACUUACCGAAGAAGAUAAUGUUAUGAUGGAUGCAGUUCCUUCAUGCAUGGAGAUUAAAAAUGUUGUUUUUGGUAUGGAUGCUAAUAGCUCUCCUGGUCCAGAUGGAUUCCCUAGAAGUAUUUAUAAAUUUGCUUGGGAUGUUGUGGGACAAGAUUUGGUAGGUGCUAUACAGUAUUGCUGGAGAUGCAGAUUCAUUCCAAAGGGGCUAAACUCAAAUUUUCUAUUUCUCUUACCAAAAGUGAAAGGUGCAAAAAAAGCUGAUCAAUUUAGACCAAUUGGAUUGGCUAACUUCAGUUUUAAAGUGAUUACUAGAAUUGUCACUACAAGACUAAGCAGCUUAGUGACUAAACUAGUAUCAUGUCAGCAAGGUGCAUUUAUAAAGGCUUAUGAUUCAUUGAGAUGGGAGUUUCUUUUUGAGGUACUAAGCAGAUUUGGAUUCUCAGAAGAGGGGAUAAAUUGGUUGAGAAUUUUAUUCAUUUCAGCAAAAAUAUCAGCGCUAGUAAAUGGAGGUCCUUGUGGUUUUGUUGGAUUCAGUAGAGGGUUGAGACAAGGAGACCCACUUUCUCCCAUUCUUUUUGUGAUUGCUGAAGAAGUUUUGAGUAGAAAUUUAACUCAAAUGGUGCAAGAAGGAAAAAUUCAGGCAGUGGUGCAAAGAAAUGGACAAGUAAUCAAUAAACGAAAAAGUAAGUGCUUUAUUGGAGGAACAACUGAUGUCAGAAGGAAAAGCAUUGCUGAACAUCUGCAAAUGGAACUUUAUGAAUUUCCUGAUAAAUAUCUUGGAGUGAUCCUCAAUCCUGGAAGAGUGAAAGUUCAUCAAGUUUGGGGGAUAUUGGAGAUGAUGCAGGAUAUGUUGGCUAGUUGGAAAGCGGCUAAUUCGUCAAUUAACUGGUCUAAUAGCGUUGACGAGCUUGAGGGUCCUUACAGUGAGAAAAUAAUUAGGAAUUUCUUAUGGACUGAGGACCCUGCUACAAAAAAGUUAGUCACGGUAAAGUGUGAAGAGGUUAAUGCUCAUAUUUCAGAUGGAGGUUUGGGAAUUAGAAGAUUGGAGGUGGUGAAUAACGCCUUAUUAAUGAAGCUGACAUGGAGGAUCAUGACUGAGGAUGAGGAGUGGACAAGAUUCAUGAGGGAUAAAUUCAUGAACAAGAAAGGAGAAUGGACUAAAUCAUAUAAACAAUCCUCAAUUUGGUCUGGUUUAAAAUGGGUAAUUCAAGAUGUAGAUGAUGGAUCCAGAUGGAUGGUGGGGAAUGGAAGAAGCAUUUAA